CGAAGCUGGAGUCCUGAAACAGGUCGAGGCUCAAGUACUUUGAGCUUUUUGUAAAUGUGGUCCGCCGACUCUCGUUUCUCUGUCCUUUAGGAAACUAUAACCUUUUUGAAGUACUGAAUAUUUACGCAAGAAGCACUUCGCGCACAAAGAUGAGGCUGCGACAAGCACAAAAGACGGAAGGUCGUCUUUACUCCCAAGCUCCAUUACCCCCGUUUAUUCCUGGGUCUCGGAAGAUAUUUUGCUCUUCUGCAGCGCCCGUCUUUUUUGUUCUCGCGCUUUCAGCUGCCCUUUUCGAUGGCAUUCAUGAUUUCGAAAGCGGGAGCAGGUUCGAGACCGGAAAAAAUCGCACCAAUGGGAUCGCAAAGAACACGCCAAAAAUUAUCUUCACACACGGCAUUCAACUGCAACUGCGAAAAAAAAGAACAGGUCGGCGCGGAGGAUUAUUGCCGCAAGGGUUAGCAAGUUCUUCUCGUGAUACUAGAAGUAAAACGGGAGCGACUAUAGGUACGUCCUCUCCUGGCGGAGUUGGUGCAUCCUCCUCCUCGUCCUCUUCCUCUUCAUCCUCCGGCCUGAAUGUCUACCCGUACAAGUACAGCUCCGGCCCGGGACCCCCGCCAACUGCGAGGACAAAUACGUCUUUAUCCCAGAGCGACUUUGUUCAACAGUCGUACCAGUACGGUGGUUCAAGUAGCAGUAGCAGUUAUAGCCCGGCAUCAAACCACCUCCAGUCUCAAACGACGCUUAGUGGAGUGGAAACCGAAACCACGCCGAGUAGCAGUUCAACGUCGAAGGGCAGUUGUGGCACUUCUAGUUCUAGCGCCCAGAAGGAUAAGGCUAAUAUGGAUUUUUACCAGGACCACCCUCUAUCUUCUAACCCUGGAGGUUCUCUUCAUCUGGAUGACCAUCGUCGUCAAUGUCAACAAGGAGCAAAGAGUCCUCGAAAAAGUCCAGCGGCGGGCCGGAUGCCGCUGAGCAACCCGGUUUUCGUGAAUCCGCCCCCGGGCGGUGAAAAGGUUGAUCUGAAUCUGUCUCGCCGCACUUCAUCUUCGCGGGCAGAAGAGGUAGAACGGGCUCCAUCGUCAGUAGUUGACGUUCACCGACCGAGUCCUCGACCCGGCAGUUUAUUUCGGCAGUCGCUUUCACAACAUUCGAGUCAAGCGGAAAGUUUUUCUCCACAGACGCAGGCGGGAAAACUGCCCAACAAGCCUGCGACUGCUAGUAGAACAAUAAAGCAUCCUUUCGUCGUGUUCUCGAAAGGCCUUCGCUUCAUCGCAGUCCAACACAUUCUGCAGGACAACCCGCGGGCCAGUUGUGAGUUGAAAACUGUUGAUGGGUUUGAGGGGAAAAUGACACCUUUACUGUACUUGCUGAUGAUGUAUCGGAGAUACAAGAACGACCUGCUCAGUGAAUCUUUUCUGGAGGAAAGCGAAAGCAAUGCGGGGAACAGGAAAAAUCGUUUUGCAACUACAUCAUCAGCUUCGGAACCAGCAGUCCCGCGGUCGUGGUGCUCUCCUUCGGCGAAUGGUGUUGCAGCGGGAGAUGACCGCAACAUGGGUGAGGAUGGCCACGGGGCGGCCAAUAGCAGAGCUCGAGCAGCGGGGAAUGCUAAUGUUGUCCCCGAAGUUAAAAAAAGGCUUCCUCAGUUGCUUUCAAGGGUUGCGCGUCAGCAGCUGUCGCGCAUCAGCUGCGUUUUCUCCUGCAACCUGGCAUGA